UUUAACAGGACACUAGCCACCAUGUUAACCGCUUUCUGCGAGAAUGAACAAAGGAGGUGGGUCGAAUAUUUACCUCAAGUUAUGAUGGCUUAUAGAUCAUCCAUGCACUCGAGCACGGGUCAGACUCCGAAUAUAAUGACUUUAGGACGGAAUAUUGUAAUGCCCAUUCAAGCCCUUAUACCUAGGCCUCGCGACGACGCACAAGCCGUCGAAGAAUACGUGGAGAAUUUACAGUAUACAUUAUCAAAUGCUCAUGCCUUAGCUCGAAUAAAACUUAAACGAAAUUCAGAUUAUCAAAAGCGUCACUACGAUCUCAAGGCUAUUAAGAGGUCAUUUAAAGAAGGACAACCCGUUUGGUUAUACGACGCAUCCAGGAAAGUAGGAGUUUGUAAUAAACUGACCUCUAAAUGGAAGGGUCCUUAUGUGAUUGUACGUAAAAUCGACGACCUCACCUAUCUCGAGAAACGAUCAAAGAAACAAAUGGCUAAGGCUUACCACAUAGACCGGUUACUGCUAUACAAGGGACGAAACCCACCCUCUUGGUUUAAAGAAUCGGAACAUUUAGGAGACAGGAAUUCAGGGAUAGUCUGCGGGAUAUAGAACGAUUAUCCUUUGGGGUCUUAGGAGAAUAAUAAUAGGGAAAUAAUCGGCAGGGAGAUAUUACGGACACGUGCAUAGCUCUAUGAAAAGGGGUUAUAUGGAACGGUAGGCGAGAACGGAGGAAUCUGUCGUCUUAGCUCUAGAUAUUGGAAUAGACGAUUUCGUGAUAUUUCUUAGGAACCUAAAUGGACGCAUUAAGGCUCGCGAACGAUUUCGUUUAUCCCUAAAAGGAGACGGGUACUCGACGGUUCGACUCGUAUCUGUAGACAUAGAGUGAACUGGGUUGUACGUGGUCCCGGGGCCCUGGCCGAUCAAAUGGUGGUUGAAUCCUUGGAGGAGCCUAAAUUAUUAACCAGACAAGGAUAAUCGAGCUGUCGCCAGCAACUGGACGGACGCAAGUCUCAUUGGAAUCGGGGGUUGGGGGGUGGCGAUAAUAUAAGUUUGUAGAUAAUAGGUUAGGAACAAAUGGUAGUAGUAAUCGGAGUGGAUGAGUAGUGGUGAUAUAAAGGACGGUCAAAGGCACAAUGCUGGGGAUGGGGUGGUUAUAUAAUGGUUUCCGGAGGGAUACGAUUUUUGGGUGGAUAUUAACACAGCUUAUUUCCUUUCAGGAUGAGACCUCCAUCAGCUGUCGAAGUAAAAUGCCACAUAUGUCCGGAAACGUUCAGGAACAUCAGGCUGCUAAAAAAUCAUCUGGCCGCCAAGCCACACCAGCGACUUAGUUUGAUUUGUGUUUGGUGCAGGGAGGAGGCAAAGUUUAGAAAGAUGGUAGAUUUAAAAAACCAUGCAAAGACCCACCACCGGAGCAAACUGGAGUUAAUGCCAACUGAUUUUUUCUCCGAAAACAACGGAUUUUGGAUGGCCAUCUACCCAGAGGACUAUCGGAGGGUGAUAGCCCCCUCGGGCGAGAACACCCAACAAGCCAUCAAGGCCCGGAUGGAGGUGCUUUCCUUUUUGGAAAAAGUAAAGAACACCGCACGGACGAGACAGGAGUGGGUCCAGGGAUGGAGGAGUCCAACAACAGCACCACCACCGACAAAGUCUGCUAACAAAAGCUGGGAAGCAGAGGACCUCAGGAUGACGAUGGGUGGUUCGGAGGCAACACUUUCCGCCGGGAAGAAAUAUCUGAAAGUCGAGCUUAAAGACUCUAUCUUCCGCGACCCCAAAGCUGUUGAGGCGCUCGCCAGACGAAUGGCUUCUUUGCAGGGAAGACGAUGGGCAGUGGGGGAAACACAAUCUCGUGUUUUCCACACUGUUGGACAUGAAGACAAGGAUUCCUGGAAGGACACCGCUGCACAAGCCCUCGGAAUCCAGAUUUCCCACCUUGGCGAAAUUAAUUUGUCUGGGGAGCUCUUUGACCUAAUAAGACCUAUGACGCCUCUACCCACACCGUCUACAUCGGAAAUAACUCUGGAUCUAGAAGAGGAUAUUACAUUAGAUUUUGAAGAAGAGAUGAUGGAGAUCAGGAAGAGGAAGACAGAAGAGGAAGGACAGGAAGAAAUUAUUGAGAAGAAACGGGUGAAGACAGGUGAUGAUAACGAGGAGGGCGGAUUAGAGGAGGAAAAGAAACGGAGAGACGAGGAGAGAUCAGAGAAGGAGAGGGAGGAGCAGAUAGUAAAAGAGGGGAUUGAGAAGGAAAGACUAAAGAAGGAGAGGGAGGAGGAGAUGGUUAAGGAGAAGGUCGAGAAGAAGAGGUUAGAGAAGGAAAGGUUAGGGAAGGAGAAUGAGCGGGAGAAGCAGAUACUAAGGGAGAGGGAAGAGAAGAUAGUAAAAGAGAGGGUCGAGAUGGAGGGGAGACAGAAUGAGGAGAAGGAGAAGGAGCGGGAGGAGCAGAUACUAAGGGAGAAGGAAGAGAGGGAAGUAAAAGAGAAGUUAGAAAUUGCAAAUGUAGCUUGA